CUCGCUCUCCCUUUUAGUCAGCUGAUAAAUCCCGUCCACGCAGCAUUAGUUAUAGUAACUUCCAGUGACAACAUUUUCCAAAGGGAUAUUUCAGAUAUGCCUUUCGUAACACUGACUACUAAUCUGUCUUCUGAAAAAGUGGACAAAGCCUUUUCAGAGAAGUUUUCGGAAAAGUUAGCAGAAACUUUAGGGAAGCCUAUAGAACGUAUUUCAGUGACCGUAGUGGCUGGGCAACAGAUGUGCCGAGGAGGGAGCUGGGACCCGUUGUGUGAGGUUCACGUGUUAGCCAUUGGACUCGAUUCAGCCGAGAAAACUCAGAAGCCAGCUGAAGAAUUAACUAAAUUCUUGUCUGACCGUACAGGGAUUCAGCCUGCAAGAAUCUGCUUAACCUUCCGACCAGUGCUGCCUCAUCAGGUUUCCGUCAGUGGCGCCUUAAUGGGAUGACGUCAACAGCCAGUGAAUGUGACUGCAACCCUAAUAGAUCAUUUGGAAUGAGCUAGCAAUAAACUCUUCUACAGU